AUGCCGAGGUCGUCCAAGAGUUCGGGCGCCGACGAUCCCAACUUUCGCUUACCCGUCAAUCCGCGGAGGAAGAAGGUCGCGCCCGAGCAGCGCAAGCGCGUCGCCCUCGCCUGCAACAACUGCAAUGUCAAGCGCAUCAAGUGCUCCGGCGAAAAGCCCUGUCGCCACAAGACUGACGGCCAUGGCAAUGGCAGUGGCAAGGGCAACAGCAAGAUCGACCUCAGCGUCUUGCUUCAGCCGUUGCACGUUGUCCAUGAAGGGGAGCAGGGCGGCAUGAGCAUCGACUCGCCGCCAGAUGGCCUAGGAGGCGCCGGCCAUGCCUAUCUUACCGAAGGCUCGGUCACGUCCACGACCUCGUACUACGACUACCCCGUCCAUGCGCACAACCCCAAACCUGAGCCUGCCUUCCCCAUCGAUGAGGACACGGAGAUGCAGAUGGACUACCCCGUCGACGACGGCAGAAUGCUUGCCGAUGCCGAGGGUACCGCUCGCUACCUGGGAGAAACCUCCGGCGCCACCUUCCUUGACUCGCUCAAGGCCUUCAUCAAGACGACGCAGCCGCUGGCCUCCAAGGGACUCUCUCCCAACCCCGACACGCCCGACGGCAGCAGGAAUGCCACCUUCCUCAAUUCGGUCGGUCGCUACCAGACGUUCGAUUCCCGUCCUCUCCUGCUCCCGGCCAUAGACGUGGAGCCGCGCAUCCCGACGCAGUUGGAAAUCCAGGCAAUGAUCACGCAGUUUAAGACCUUCCUCCAGGACGACAACGGCAAGGCAGGGUGCGGCGGCAUUUUUUUCUGGCCAUUCCAGGACCCCGCCAAGAUGGCGCUACCGGGCCAGUCCGGUUUUGGCACUGGCUUCAAGCUGGAUACCACUAAACCCCGGAACCACACCGCUCGGGAGCACGGCCAGCUGGCAUUGGUCUACACGGCCUUUGCCUUCACCCAUCUGCUGACCCUGACCGAGGAGAAUUCCCGGGUCGAUGGCCAAUUGGGCGAAGCCCACUAUGCGGCGGCUAGGCUGCUGAUCGGAAACCCCCUGGACAUGACGUCCUACACAAUCUACAACGUGGCCGUUUUGGCCCUGAUGGCCCUGUACCUGGUGGAGAACAAUCGCAGAGAUGCCGCCUACAUGGCCAUCAGUAACGCGAUGCAUCUUAGCGUGAUGCACGGCGUGCACAGGGAAAGUUCGGUAACCGAGAUCGAGCGUAGGACUUUUUGGACGGUUUACAUUAUCGAUCGCUGGCUGAGCUGCUUGAUGGGUCGCCCACCCGCCGUCCCUCAUCAGGCCAUUACCCUAUCCCUGCCACAGGAAGCACCGGGCCUUCCUUCGCCUCUUGGGCUUUGUGCACAUGUGGAGCUCUCCAAAAUUUCCGCCUACAUUGUCAACAACAGCUAUCGUCACCAUGCGAACAAGCCGGCCGACGGAUCCGAUGAACUGCCUUUCUCGGUUGCGAUUGGAAAGCUCGACCAAUGGCAUGAGAACCUACCCGAGAGCUUGAAGCUCGACAACCUGGAGGAGAGUCCUAGUAACUAUUACUACUAUGCCCUCCAGCCCGAAGCCGAGGACCCGUCACUAGGUACUGACCGGGCUCUGUUGUCGCUGCACAUGGCUUACAACCAGCUCAUCAUCUUGGCAAUCCGUCCCGCGUUUCUCACCGCUGUCAAGAAGAAGGUGGCCAAUACUUGGUUGACACCUGGGCUUGAGGGCCCCGGAGCGGAACCGGAGGACCCUUGGACCAGAGCCAUCCGCAAGUGCAGUGAUGCCGCACGGCGCAACCUCCGCAUCGGCAGGCGGCUACAAAUCAUCAGCCCCGGUCAGAAGCUGCUUGUGCAAGACCUCCAUCACAUCUUCAAUGCCGCCAUCAUCCUUCUGAUGCACCAAAUCCUCUUUGUCAACCAAAGGGUAUACGAUAUGUUCCUGAUCGACAAGGCGAAGGAGGUGUUCAAGAAUGAGGCCAUGACCGGCAGUGACUAUGGGAAGGAUUGUCAUAACGUCCUCAACGACCUGAAGCCGCUGGUUGAUAAGCUGCACGAAGUCAUUCACCGCAAGGAGCAUGAGCAGCUGACUGUGCCCGCGGAGAAGCAGCAGAGCGGAUCAGUGCACAGCCCUGUGAACAGAGAGACCACACCCGGUGCCCUCUCUGGUCCGAUUACGGGCUCUCCAACGAAGCUGUACCCUAGCCAUGUGCAAGGCUGGCUACAAAACGUGAGGCCUGAAGACGGCUCCACGGUUGUGCAGGAGCUCAAGACAUGGCAGGAUGAUGACGGUAUGCAGGUAUAUAGACCAGGCAAUUCGCUUGCCUAA